CAGGACACGCUGGGAGCUCUCAUCCAACUUCUCUGGAGGCUGCACUCCAGAGCGGAGAUAUUUUACCUGUUUUGUUUGCUCACAUGAUUUAAUUUUCGUCAUUUCGUCAUUAGGGCUGCUAAUGUGGUUAGAUUUAAUCCAAGUGUAUCGUUUGACCACACGAAAUACCAGAAUAUCAAUUUAAAUUCUGGAACCCGAAAAACCAUGUGAUUUUUAACCGGAUCACGUCGGGGACAAAUUAAUGGAUAUUACUGAAUUGGUGGAAGUAAAAUAAAAUUUACAAAUUUUCAUCACUUGUUCUUCUGAUGGCAAAAAAAAAAACUUUGGAGCGCCUGGACAUUUGUUUGAGCUCGUUUAAGUGAAAUUGUUGGAGGUGUUUUACGCUUCAAUGAAAUGGCUGUGAAACUCUGAGACCCCCCCACAAAAAAAAAAAAAACUCUCUUAAUGGGUUCAUGGCCACUCUUAUGUCAUUUUGGAAAAUACGCCCCUUUGUCACCUAAAGUGAAUAACACUGGAUGCACGAGACGAUCACCGCUGCUGUUCUACAUUGUGAUUAUUUAAGAAUUUUAAAAGACUUUUGACGUUUCUUAAGCGCAUUUAUCCUCCCGAGGGAUGGUUCUGGGCUCUCCAGGACAGGGAGCGACAGCCCGGCUCCUUCAGUGGACUUUUGCCCCAUCUUGGUGCCUAAGGAGGGAAUCUGAGAGGAGAUGAAAGCCGCAGUCUACCACCUCCUCGCCGGCUACUUGUGCCUGUUACGCACCGCGGCUGAGGAGUCCCCGCUCCCUCGGGAGCUGCUGGAGCGGCUCUCCCGCAGCGAGAUCCGCAGCAUCAGCGACCUCCAGCGGCUGCUAGAGAUAGACUCCGUAGAGAACGAGGUGAUUGAGGAGACCAAACAGAGCUACCACAAGGACUUCUCUCACAGUUUUCCUGAUCAUAAGAAAACACAUACACACACAAGACAGAGGAGAAGCACUGUGGUGGAAGAAGCCCUUCCAGCAGUGUGCAAAGUGCGCACAACGAUUUAUGAAAUCCCCAGAAGCCAGGUUGAUCCCACUUCGGCCAACUUCAUCAUCUGGCCUCCCUGCGUGGAGGUGAAACGCUGCACUGGCUGCUGCAACACCAGCAACAUGAGGUGCCAGGUGGCUCGCAAACACCACCGUACUGUCAAGGUGGCAAAGGUGGAGUACUUACGGCGGCGGCCAAAGCUGAGGGAGGUGCAUGUGAAGUUGGAGGACCACUUGGAGUGCAUGUGCACCAGCAAACGCCACAUCAGCCCCGACGCAGACACAGACAACGGCAUCAGGUGAAGCAGGACAGACAGACAGAUGAAAGGCUGGGGGAAAGAAAGAAGACUGAACGCCUGAAGCAGAAAAUAAGAACUGCCCAUGUAAUGUCCUUGCCUACCGUCAAGCGACAGGCUUUAUGGAGCACAUGGAAUCUGUGGGAUGUUUGAUGGAGAAUAACUGACUCAUUUGGACCUCGGCUGUAUUUUUUCUUUUUGAGAGCUUGCUGAAAAUGCAAAGUAUGGGGACCCCAAACAGGAUGAUACUCAGUGACACCAAGGAACUUAUGAGUGUCCUGUAUCUUCGCUCAAGUAAAACCCGCUCAGCAAAUCACAUUACAUCACAUGCACUGGUUGGAAUCCUUUUUCCAAACAGUCUUAUGGAUUAGGUUUUGUACUUCAUAAAAACACUCACACACAUGCAUGUAUAUUUUAUUUGUUUAUAUAUAUAUAUAUAUACUUGUGUGUGUGUGUGUGUGUACAUAUACACUCUAAUUUUUCUAUUGUUGUCAUUUUCUGUAU